AUGUCAUCUUAUACUUAUUCUUGUGACAUAGAAAAUGAUAAUAUUGCUGCUUGGUCAAUAUCAACACAUGUAUUACUUGCUGUUCAUAUGCUUUUUGUGAAUAUUCUACUUACUAAUUUAUUAAUUGCUAUGUUUAGAAAACCAGCUGAUCCUCGAGCAAAAGUAUUUAAAAUGAUUCCUAUAAGUAAAGGUUCUAUUAAAGAUUGGUAUGAAUAUGAAGGUGCAUCAACAUAUGAAUAUGCUCAAAUAGAAGCAAAAGCAUCGAAAGCUGAAUCAAUGACAUCAACUCAUAAUAUAAAUUUUUCUGCUAAUGAAAAACGAGAAGAUACAAAUGAUGGCAUAAUGAUUCAGACAAUUCAAAUAAUAUUCUAA